AUGGCGGACGAAGGAGAAGAAAAUGAAGAGAGUCUUGUUCAAGCUUUUGCUGCUUUUCCUAUAGAAGAUACUGAAAAAAGACCAACGUGCAAGCGAUGCAAGCGUCCAACAUCUGUUUGUCUGUGCUCAUACCUUCCACAACACCUGCUGAAUAUUCAGACAACAGUCCAUAUUUUACAACAUCCUAAAGAAGAAUCCAGACUAUUGACGACUGUUCCUAUCCUUGAAGCCAGUCUUCAACCAGAAAAAUGUAUAAUAUAUAGAGAGAAUAGAUUUCAUGAACCAGAUUAUCCAGAACUUUAUAAUGUUUUCUCACAACCAAACUCUUUACUUCUUUAUCCUGGACCUCAAGCUGCUGAUUUGAAAACACUGGAUCUCAAACGUUAUCCAGAAUAUAACCUGAUUGUCCUAGAUGGAACAUGGAGACAAGCUAGGAAUAUCUUCCACUGUAAUCCCAUUUUGAAUAACAUCAAACAGGUUGUAGUGGAACACCACAAUGUAAGUGAAUAUGUUAUCCGAACACAACCCACUAACCAAAGUUUGUGUACAGUGGAGGCAGUAGCUCUAGCAUUAGAGAUACUUGAAGAUGACAUACAUAUUUAUAAGCGCUUAAUCAACCCACUGAAAGCUUUGUGCCAGUUUCAAUUGGAUCAUGGUGCAUUAGUACACUGCAGUAAGGAGGAAAAAGAGAAAGAACUCCUUAAAGAAAU